AUGUCGAUUCCAAAGGAUCUGGAACAACUAGUGGCCAAAGAUCUUGAAACUGAGAUGCCAGCAGACCAAAUAGAAAGAGGCAGGAAGUUCUACAAUGAUCUCUCUUCCGAACAGAAAGAUGCAGUGUACAAACUCUUUAAGGGGAGUUGUAACAAAUACUUUGAUACCGAGAGCUAUAAAAACGGUAAGACCAACACCGCUGGACAUCUAGUCUGUUGCCAUGAUUUAGGAAUGUGCGGCACAUCGGGUUGGCUCAUCUUCCUGAUCAUUCUGAUCGUUCUUCUGUGUCUUGCCGGUGCAGCUGCUGCCUUCUGGUUCUUCUACUACAAAAGAAAGAUAGGCGGUCGUGAUGAAGAGAAAGAGAUCGAGUCGACUGCUGACACUGCCAAUACUGAACAUGAUAUCUCGGUGGAGACUUAUUGA